AUGUCUGCGGAUAUCCACAUGUCACCCGUCACCGGCGCGCCGAGGAGAAAGAAUGGGAGACAGCAAGCGUGUGAACCAUGUCGACGCAGAAAGGUCGCCUGUGACCACAGAAUGCCCGUCUGCUCGAGAUGCAGACGCGGUCGAAUUCCCGAAAGAUGCGUCUACGUUACGUCAGAGCGUCAAGCGCUAACUCCCUUGUCGCCGAGCCCGAGUUGCUGCAAGUCACCGGCUGUGGCCAAGACCCCAGACCUAACAGUUGACAGUACAGUCAAUGCACCUCGCCCGGAUGGAAGCACAGGUUUCUUGGGGGCGACGAGUUUCCCGGCCUUCUAUCAAGGAUCUCAGAGCACGCCGUUGGGACCAGAGUCUCAGACAUCCUUACAGCAACCAUCUGACGAUGUCUACUCGAGAGCCGAAUGUACGCCGAGGGCUCUGCUUGACCUGGCCGUUCGGACUCUACAGAGUAUUCCAGAUCAGACGUCAGCAGAGGCGUUGAUAGAAGUCGACUCUAGUGCGCACGAUGGAUGGUGUCGACUUGUUGGAGAGAGGUUGCAUGCGUCCCUGUGGUCUGUGUUUGGAAACUAUCUCAAUGGUGAAAGGAACGACGCCUCCAUGAUGCAUCUUGCAACAAAGAUUAAUGAGAAUACGACCAAAGCAUUCAAAGAGCAUGAAGCUGACCCUGAUGAAUGGAUCAAGUCAUUUUCAGGACCGGCCCUGCGCUGGGAGGCCUUGGGCCAUUUGUUUGUUUACUGGUCAUACGGGGCGAGGGGGAUACAGGAAGUUUGCAUUUCAAGCAGGUGCAAGGAUAUACAGGCCAGCGGUGCGCUCGAAUUAAUGAAGAGGUAUAAGAUUUGCGCAUCGUGGUGUAUGGAGUUGAGUCGGGUUGCUAGAACUAGCAAUACGUUGCUGGUAUAUCUCGCAUUCAAGCAUUGUCAGCUGGAGUCGCAUUUUUCCGGGGAAACCAGCGUAGAGUACUGGAAGACACAUGGCGAGAUUAUUUCAUUGGCAACGUAUAUGGGGCUCCAUGCCUCGCCUGACACAUCCCCCAACAACUGUUCCGUAUCGGUGCAGAUGCAUCGCAGGUUGUUUGCUGCAAUAUUUAGUCAUGACAAGACAGCUGCAACAUUUACUGGGAGACCACCCUUUCUCAGCCGCCGAUUUGUAUCAACACCACUCCCACUCGACAUUGGAGACGAGGAGCUGCUUUGUAACUGGAAGAGGGAAGAUUCGCAGCAUCUCCCGCCAGAUAUAAAUGGAUGGAACACAAAUGGCAAAAUUCACGGCGUAACUUUCCCAAGGUCGAGAGCCGCGCUGGCAUUUAUUAGGGACGAGAUCUUGGAAUUUGCAUUGCAAGGCCAACAGUACUGCGUGGACAACGUAAAGACUUUGACAAACCUGAGAGAACGAGCGAAGAAUGUCAUGGCCGGUAUUCCACCAGCGAUGAUCCAUAGACCCGAAGACAUGACAUGUAAAACAGGCAUUAAUAAGCGAGACAUUGUCAAUAAGCUGCGGCUCCGGCUCGAUCAUCUUCAGAAUAUCUUCCUGAUCGAGCGACUAUUAAGCAAAGAAGGUGACCAGGAUUGUGGUUGCGAUCUAUUCGACACGAGUCUCGAAAUGAUUUCCCUAGCUCUUAUUCUCUGGACGCACCAAAAGCGCGUCGACUAUCCCGAAACAUGCCUCGACUGGCUCGUCAUGUCCUACGCAGCACCAGCAGGUGGUGUGUUAUGUGUCCAGCUGUUGAAAUGCGGCACAACAACGGCAAAAAAGGCCGUUAUUAUCGAGAAAUUAAGUAUGCUUGUCAGCUUUCUUGACUGGGUUGCGCCGACGGCUCCAAACUAUGCUAUUGGGAAGGGCGUUCAACAAGCUGUGCGGCGGACUAUUGAGCAAUCGUUGGAAAGGCCGGCUCAAGGAACAGCUGAGGAUGUGCAAAAUAUAGGUUCGUACUGGGCAGCGGAGGCGAUGGAAGAUUUUGAUGGUAUUUUUAAUUUCGACUUGUUGGAUACCUUUGACUGGUUGAGGCCUGAGGUCAUGAGUGGUAAUGUAAUAUAG